GCCUCGUCGAGGUCGAAGGUAAAUGCGGAAAGCUUACACUCGUGCCAGCCUGCAGCGACAUGCGAACAUGCAGCCUGAAAACUGGGUCGGUGCACCGUUGUGUUGCUGCAUUGCAACUGGAGCCCCUGUCCCCGAACUCGGUGCACCGGGCGGCCCGCCGUUCCCAGCAAGCCGUCUACUUAUACAACUAUAGACUCAUACCAAAAAAGCAGGCUCUGAACGUACCGCCAUAUGCAUAUACAAUAUUCACCGACAGGCCGCCUUCACUCGAAACAAACCCAAGUGACCGUGUAUUAGAUAACGGAUGGAGUCACCUCCAACACCGCCGAGGGAGCCGGAUCCUGAAAAGGACGCCGUUGCGCCUCCACAAGCAUACUCGGCCUUCUCCCCAUGGAGACGACGCUUCAUCAUUAUUGUGAUUACCGUGGCAGGCUUCUUUGGCCCGCUGGCAGGAGGCAUCUACCUCCCUGCGUUGCCGGUGCUGGAGCAAGAAUUCCAGGCCAGUGCAACGGCCAUCAACGCCACCGUAUCCGUGUUCAUGCUGACUUUUGCCGUCGGGCCCCUUUUCUGGGCGAGUUUGGCAGACUGGAAAGGCCGUCGCCCGCUGUAUCUCAUCUCCAUUGCCGUCUACAUCGGCGCGAAUGUCCUUCUGGCUGCUGUUCCCGCCAACUACGGGGCCCUAGUGUUUCUGCGCGUCGUUCAAGCAUUUGGAUCCGCCGCUGUAGUCUCCAUGGGCGCCGGUUCUGUUGCUGAUACCACCGAGCCAAAACGCCGGGCAUUUGCCAUGUCGAUAUUCCUCGCCGGGCCUCAAUGUGGUCCUAUCCUCGGCCCUGUUCUGGGCGGUGCACUAGCAGAGGCCAAGUGGAGGUGGAUUUUCGGCUUUCUCGCCAUAUCCGCCUUUGCCCUCUGGCUCGUGAUCCUCUUCGCUCUACCUGAAACCCUCCGCGCCCGCGUCGGCAACGGCAGCAUCUACCAGCACGGCAAACCCAUCAUCUGGCCGCCCAAACUCUCCUCCCCACUCGCGCCCCCAUCACAGCGCGGCCCCCCGCCCCCAGUCCCAACCCUCAAAGGCUACUGGCGCCUGUUCCGCUACCCGCCCAUCGGCAUUGUCACAUUCAACACAGCCAUGCUUUACUCAACCUACUUUGCCAUAGCCGUGCAGCUGCCAACAGAGCUGGCGGCGCGCUACCGCUGGUCGUCGGCCGCCGUCGGCGCGGGGUUUCUGGCCGUCGGCCUAGCCAUGGUCGUCGGCUCGCUGUGCGGCGGGCGCUUCUCGGACUGGCGCCGUGCGAGGAGGGCUGCCAAGAAGGCUGCAGAAGACAGUGCCAAAGAGGAGGUUGAUCCCGAGUUCCGGCUCGUUGACCAGAUUUGGGGCGUGCUGGUGUGCGUGGUCGGGUGUGUGCUGUAUGGCUGGCUUGUUCAGGUGGAGGCUCACCCGGCGGCGGUGUUGACGGCGACGUUUCUGAACGGCUUCGGCAUGAACUGGGUCUUUGUGACGACGACUGCAUUUCUCACCGAGUGUGUGGCUCAGCAGGCCGCUGGCGCUUUUGCUCUCGGCAACCUGUUGCGCAAUCCCGGCGCCGCCGUGGCUGCUGUCAUUAUUCCCUCGCUUGUGUCCAGGAUGGGAAGUGGAUGGUGCUUUACGGGCUUAGGCCUGCUCGACCUCGUGGUGGUUGGGUCUGCUGUGAUGGUCCUUCGGAUAAAGGGCGCUGGGUGGAGGGCCGCCAGGGUAGCAAAGCAUAAGGCCGCUGGCAGGCCAAAGUAAUGCAUAAGGCACCUUGUCCUUGCAUGGUCGCGCGAUUGUAACAUCAGCUUAGAGCACCGCUUAGCUAACCUUCUAACUUAUGCUAGGCCCUUUCUUCUGUCACGGAGUUGCCCCGUUGUUAAGGUAGCGUGUGGGUUAUUUGCGUUUGUGUCGAGCCUUGGACUCAAAGCUCUCUUGUAAGCUCAUAUUGGCCUUGUAAGCCUUGGAAUCAUAACCGCUAGUCUCCCAACGGAAGGCAGCGCCUUAACAGCAUUGAUAGC